GUGCCUUUAUGACGUCAGCUAACGGCCAACCUCGCCGUGUCGAGUGGGGUGUUUUAUUUUCUCAAUCCUAUCGGUUCAAUUAUAUCGUAUAUGAGACAUUAUAGACGUCAAACACCACUAUCAGUGCGGAAGGACAGUUCUUAACGCAACCGUGACGCGUUUAAGGAGUUCCGGUCGGCAAGUAAAAUAUUCUCAAAUGGAUACGCCUGAAAGCCCUACCCGAUCAUUGCAGUCUCCUGUGGAGGAAAAGGACAUUUCUGACAGUGAGCUCCUGGAUUCCCCCGGUGAGGAGGAUGGGGUCAUAUCAGACAGUGAGCUACUCUAUGAAGAAAAUGGAGAACUGGUGGAGGAGGAUGAAGAUGAGGAUACAGUGGAAAUCAGAGGAGGAGGUCUGGCAUUACAGGCGGUGGCAGGGGAAGAGGAUGAGGUCGUACCUGACUUUGUUUCUGAGCCAGAUGAUGAUGAUGAAUCUGUAGGAGAAACUGAUGGACUGGGCCAAGAGAAUGAGGCUAUUUUGCUAAUGGAAGGGGAUGAGGACGAUGACGAUUAUAAAGAUGAUGAUGACGAUGAUGAUAGGCAGCAUGAGGGUGGGUUGGAUGGAGAGGUUGAAGAUGGAGAUGAUCGAUUACUUCACACUCUGUCCCCUGAAUUAGAACCAGCACAAGGCAAGAACUUUGUCACCAAGGAAAACAAGAAAUCAUCAGACGCGUAUGGGAAGUCCAGAAGGGAUGCAGCAGUCCUUGGUGCUGAUCGUGAAGAUGAGGAAGAAGAUGAGGAGGAGGAGGGAGUGAAAAACGUUGCAGAAGAACAGAAUGAUACUUUGCGGACUCGAGACAGGAGAGCUCCUGUGUCGAGAGACAUUAAGGAGGACUCGCCGUCUGUUUCCAGGGAGCUGGAUGAACAUGAGCUGGAUUAUGAUGAGGAAGUCCCAGAUGAGCCCAACAUCCCCCCACAUGACGAUGAGGAAGAAGAGGAUGCAAAACUAGCCUUGGAAGAGGAGGUGAGCGAAGCCACAACUGUAAAAAAGCGAGAGAAGAAACCAAUCCUUCCCCCGUCCCCCAAAGAUGGGGAAACCAGAAAGACCGAUAACUCCAAAAAUCGUAGAGAGUCUUUGAAAGACAAGAAGAAAGAAGAGGAUGAUGGAGAGAUUGAUGAAGGCGAGAUUGAUGACGAUGAUUUGGAGGAGGGGGAGGUAAAAGAUCCGUCCGAUAGAAAGAUCAGACCACGUCCUAUCUGCAGGUUCUUUAUUAAAGGCAAUUGUACUUGGGGUAUGAACUGUCGGUUUAUCCACCCUGGUGUCAAUGACAAAGGUAACUAUUCCCUCAUCACAAAGCCAGACAUCUUCUCACCUAAUGGAGCACAGCCUGGAGGACCCGUGCCCCUUAUACCCAACAACUCCUGGGCUGCACCUGCAGUGGAAGAGCUCCCUCCUCCUCCACCUCCUGUCGAACCUCCCGUGGAAAGUGCGUGGGAGAGAGGCGUCAGGCAUGCCAAAGAGAUUUUGAAGAAGGCCACCAUCCGAAAGGAACAAGAGCCAGACUUUGAGGAGAAAUGUUUCAAUGUGACUAUUGGAGAAGAUGAGAGAGAAUUUGACAAGGAGAACGAGUUCUUCAGGGACCGCAGCUACCGUAUAAUCAGAGAAGAAAUGGACAUCAGAGAGCCAAUAUAUGGUGAUCAAUAUGCUGAUCCAUACUAUGACUAUGAAAUGGAGGCCCUAUGGCGAGGUGGGCAGUAUGAGAAUUUCCAAGUGCAGUAUACCGAAGCUCCUCUUCCAUACCACUACAAUGAGCGGGAAAGGGAACGGGACCCUCGGGAGAGGCACAGAGAUCGAGAGCGGGAGAGAGAUCACCGUGAAAGGGAACGCCGGCAGAGGGAACGAGAGCGGGAGAGAGAGCGAGAGAAGGAGCGAAUAAGGCGGAAAGAAGAGUGGGAGAGAGACAGGAUAAAGCGCGAUGAGAAGGAGAGACCGAAGAUGCGUCCUCCUCGAGACAUGCGGGAGAAGAAAAAUGAUGACAAACUCAAGCCUCAGUCACCUUUAAUUCUACCACCCAACCGACCAAUGGAGCCUCCCACCAAGAAAGAGCUUGCGCCAGCAAUGAGACAACCGGACGAGUGGAAGGACCCUUGGCGUCGGUCAAAAUCCCCCAGGAGAAGAUCCAGUCUGGGCUCUCCACCCCGAGGUCGUCGGAGAAAUCGUCAUUCGGGUUCUUCUGUUUCUCCAUCAAACUCUUCCCGGUCUUCGUCUCACUCUUCGUCCUACACUGGCUCGGGCUCCUCUCGUUCCCGCAGCCGCUCCACCUCAUUCAGCUCCUAUACCAGCCACUCCUCGCAUCACAGCUCUUUCAGUGGGAGCCGCUCGAGGUCAAGAUCAUUUUCCACGUCUCCCUCUCCGGCUCCAACUGCACCAAGGAAUGCCAAAAAUAAGCCAGACCUUCCUCCAGUGCUUACUAAAGGCGUGCCAUUGAAACAGGGUGCUGCACCCACACUACGAAGAGAUAAACCCCUCAUUAAAAAGGUUCAGACGCCUCCACUACCCGGUGGACCGAUGAGUAGGCCUUUCAAAGCCUUGCCUGAGGGAGGAAAGCCUUCCGCUAAUCUUCGGCAAACCGGAGGCAUGGUUGUCGGGGCCAGUGGUGACGGUAAUGCUGGUGUGAUGGUUCGACAGCUACCUUCCCGAGAACCUGGGAAGCAUCCUAACCAGAGGGAAGGAAGGCUGAAAGAACGGCAGCAGCAGCAGCAUCCUCAGAGGCGCACUCUAAGUGGAAGUGUUAGCGGAAGUGGCAGUAGUUAUUCUGGUUCAAGCUCUAGGUCCAGAUCCUCUUCAAACUCCCUGUCACCUUCACGUUCCGGAUCCAGAAAAUCCAAGAAGUCCCGGUCUUUGAGUGUGAGCAGUGUGUCAUCGGUGUCAUCGGGUUCAACAGGCAGUAGUUCUGCUCGUAGUGCCGACUCUGAUGACAUGUAUGCUGACUUGGCUAGUCCAGUGUCUUCAGCCAGCACUCGCUCACCUACGCCAGGGCACCCACGGAAAGAGCGAGCAGUCCCCCCUCGGGAACGACCUCCACAGAACAGGGACAAGAAUAGGGAGAGGCUGGUGAAGAAAGAAGAACCCUUAAGAGACGAUCGCAGAAAGAUGAACCCAUCUGGCGGCCCAUCCAGAGGAGGCAACCCCAUGCCCAGAGGAGGCAACCCCAUGCCCAGAGGAGGCAACCCCAUGCCCAGAGGAGGCAAUCCCAUGCCCAGAGGAGGCAACCCCAUGCCCAGAGGAGGCAACCCCAUGCCCAGAGGAGGCAACCCCAUGCCCAGAGGAGGCAACCCCAUGCCCAGAGCAGUCCCCGGAAACAGAGGUGGUCACCCCGGACACCACGCUGCUGGGAAUAUGCCCCCACCAGGAAACUAUGGCGGGCCAAGUUCCCAUAAAGAUAUCAAACUCACCCUUCUCAACAAGCAGCAUAGUGAGAAGAGCAACAGAAAGCGCUAUCUCCCUUCUGACAAAGACCGGCCUGUUUCGCCCCUCAGCAAAAGGAUGGCGAUGUCUCCUGACAGAGCUCGUGAUCGCAGGAUACCUGGCCGACCCCCACCCUCGCCUCGAAUGGAUCGAUCCAGAGGCCAAGGACCCCGGGCGGUGCCCCCCCAGGGAGACCGAAAACGUCCUCUAUCACCACCCUCAAAAUCAUCUGGGAAAGGCCCUGGAGUUCCGUCUGGCAAGCUCGCUGCCCCCACUCAAGCUCCCACUUCCAGUAAAACCAGCAACACUCUGUCUCGUCGUGAGGAGCUGCUCAAACAACUGAAGGCCGUGGAAGACGCCAUCGCUAGGAAAAGAGCAAAGAUCCCCGGCAAAUAAGCCAGAGUGCAUCUCUCGCUUCUGUUGGCUGGCUGGCAGUCCACACCAGCGCACAGCAUGGUAAGCCCAGGCCACUCGCAGGUGGGGAUCAAUUCCCGGUGAAUCCUGCUUUAUUUUUCUGGCUCCAGCGGACAUGUACAAAUGCUGUGUGGCGCUCGUGUACAUUGUGUAAGUAAACAUGUGGCCUCCACAAGAGAGUUUUGUCUCAGAGCAUCUUUCACUCCCAUAUGCCCACAUUCUGCGAGUAGUUUUAAAAGCAGGACAGAACACAGGCAUGCUGGGAUCAUGGAAUUUGUCUCCUGACUAACAGAAGGUGUCACUCUAAUCUUUGAGCGAUGAAACAAAAUCCAUUAUUUGUUCUUCUGAUGACGAGCAAGAUUCUAACGAAUCUGCUUUUGCUGUUGUGUGGAAUAUUUUUUAUUUUGUUCCAUCAGAUCUUGGUGCCUCCUGUUAUUUUCUGUAUGACGUGUUCCCUGUAGUAGGACACAGAAUCAGCAAGACCCUCCCCCCCAAUCCUUUGUAAAAAAAAAUAAUAAUAAAUUUGUUGCAAGUGUGUAGUGUUUCCUUGUAUAUGACAACACUGGUCGUAGGCCCACCUUCAACCAAAGGUCUGUCUGGAGUUAUGGUGUGACACCAUGUCUGUCACACCUUGUACCAUGACAAGAAGUCAUCAGGAGCUCAAGAAAAUUAUAUACAGCAGUAGUGAGUUAUGCUUUUUAACAAAAGAAAUAUGCAUUUUAUUUGUUUCAUAGCUCUUCUCGGAAGUAAUGAAUAAACCAAUGUUUUAUUUGUGUCAUAUUUGUAGUUGGGGGAGAGAGAGGUUGCAAAUGGGAUGUUCGAGACAAGUUAUGUCUUGCUUUUGUGACAAAAGCCCAAAUAAACUAUUUUGAUAAAGAG